UGAUUGAAACAACUCCAUUAUAACCACCACCGAAAGCUACAAGAAGAAGGCAGCUUAGUUUGAACUCAACAGGGGUUUUAAUUUUAGGCUCUAUAUCCAACCAUUUGUUCCUCCCACCUUACCCAAAACGCGCGCAAUGGCUUCUGAGAAGGUUGAAACUGUAAUCGCAGGCAAUUAUGUGGAAAUGGAGAGAGAAGAGGGGAAUUCUUCGAAACCCACCAAGACCAAGCUCUCAUCACUCUUCUGGCAUGGCGGUUCUGUUUAUGAUGCAUGGUUUAGCUGCGCUUCUAAUCAGGUUGCUCAAGUGCUUCUCACACUUCCAUAUUCAUUUUCCCAACUGGGGAUGCUUUCUGGGAUUCUCUUCCAGCUCUUCUACGGCCUAAUGGGAAGCUGGACUGCGUAUCUUAUUAGUGUUCUUUAUGUCGAAUACAGAACCAGAAAGGAAAGGGAAAAGGUGGAUUUCAGAAACCAUGUAAUCCAGUGGUUUGAAGUUCUUGAUGGGUUGCUGGGGAAACACUGGAGAAAUGUGGGGUUGUUUUUCAACUGCACGUUUCUACUUUUUGGAUCUGUGAUUCAGUUAAUAGCGUGUGCGAGUAACAUCUAUUACAUAAACGACAAUUUGGACAAGAGGACUUGGACCUAUAUCUUUGGCGCUUGCUGCGCUACCACUGUCUUCAUCCCCUCUUUCCACAAUUACAGAAUUUGGUCGUUCCUUGGCCUCAUGAUGACCACUUAUACGGCUUGGUAUAUGACCAUUGCUUCCCUAAUCCACGGACAGGUUGAGGGAGUGAAGCACUCAGGGCCUACCAAAAUGAUUCUGUACUUUACUGGGGCUACCAACAUUCUUUACACCUUUGGAGGGCAUGCUGUAACAGUGGAGAUCAUGCAUGCCAUGUGGAAGCCACAGAAAUUCAAGCUUAUUUACUUGAUGGCCACCCUAUAUGUGCUUACCCUCACUUUGCCAUCAGCUUCUGCUGUUUAUUGGGCUUUUGGGGAUGAACUUUUGACCCAUGCCAAUGCUCUUGCUAUGCUCCCAAGGAAUGGCUUCAGAGACACUGCUGUCAUACUCAUGCUCAUCCAUCAGUUCAUAACAUUUGGGUUUGCCUGCACACCUCUCUACUUUGUAUGGGAGAAAUUCAUAAGAGUCCAUGAGACAAAGAGCUUGAUCAAGAGAGCUCUCGCUAGACUCCCGGUAGUGAUACCGAUAUGGUUCCUGGCAAUCAUUUUCCCAUUCUUCGGACCCAUCAACUCGACAGUGGGAUCGCUUCUCGUCAGCUUCACCGUCUACAUUAUCCCCGCUUUAGCUCACAUGGUCACGUUCGCUUCUCCAACAGCCAGAGAGAAUGCAGUGGAGAGAGCCCCAUCACUGUUGGGAGGGUGGGCAGGGCUAUACUCUGUGAACAUAUUUGUGGUGGCAUGGGUACUGAUUGUGGGAUUUGGAUUUGGAGGGUGGGCAAGCAUGCUCAACUUCAUUCAUCAAGUUGACACUUUUGGAGUAUUCACCAAAUGCUACCAAUGCCCUCCUCACAAGCAUUGAACUCACUCACACACAGAAAAACAUCAGAUCACUCAAAUUUAAAACCAAAAACAGCCACUGAGGAGAGACUGAGAGAAAGAAGGCAUAAAUAUGUUUGUGUGUAAAGAUCAGAUUGGCAAUCCCUAAAUUUUCCUCUUCUUCCUUUUUCUUUUUCCAUGUAUUGGUGAUGAUUUUAAGACAAAGGUGUGAUGGCAUUGUUGGCCACCCCUCCCUAUACAGACCUCCAGUUCAGCUUGAAACUGGCUGAGUCCACUAGCUUCCCCUUUUCUUUCUUUUUUUUGAUAUUUAAGAAAUCUGUACUUCCAAGUCUUUCUCUUUAUGAAUGAUAUUCUAUUCAUCAUUUUCCCUUA